AUGCCACCUCUUGUUGCUCCGUACUUUCCACUUCCAGCCCAACGCCGUCCCGUUCCUACAGACCGACUUGCGCCCGUUUUUGCCGCGAGACUGCCGACUUUUGUGGCAGAAUCAACACCCCCCUUUGCCCGUCGUUUCUUUUCCUUGACCGAGAAGCGCCGCCGUGUCGGCCCCGUGUCGGAGAAUACAGACUUUGGCCCAGCCAUGUCACGCCCUAGGCCCCUCGCAGAGAGUUUUGGUGUAUCCACUGAGCAAGUUGACAAGAAACUAUCAAAACUUUUCCAUACGAGCAGGGUCCAUUCCCUCCAUGGUGAAGAACGAGGCGUUGCAAGGUUGGCCCAUAAAAACGACCCAAAACUUGGGAUGUCGGCGCAGUACCCCAUGGAACCAAUAUACGCCUCAUCGUGGACUCUUCCUGGAACGGGGCUGUUCAGCUGGGGCUACGAUAACGCGUGUGUGGGCUGGCUACCUUUCUCUCGUCAGAGACCCAAGCCAUCGUUUUAUUUCUCUUCCGUAACUUCUUCUUUUGGUCAAGGCUGGCUGGCGGGGUGUUCGAGGGUCGCGCCUCGAAAAUGGGCGUUCCCCGCUCUCCAUCCGUGA